GCAGACUCUGCGGCAGCGACUCAGCCUCCAUAAGGUUCAGCUAGCCAAGGUGGAGGAUGGGAAAAGAAUGGAACUGUCCCAGCUACUCAAUGAGAUCAGGGCCAACUAUGAAAAGCUCCUCACCAGAAAUCAGAUAGAGACGGUGAUGUCUGCGAGGAUCCAGGUAAUGAUUUCAUACAGACAGGCACCUUCCAGAAUAAGGAGGCAUGUCUACCCAAUUCCUGUCCCGGCCUCUCUGAGCUAGAAGAAGACAUAAGCAAAAAAAUGGACAAAGAUGAGGAGGAUUUAAAGGCAGCUCAAGCAGAACUCAAGGAAGCCCGACGCCAGUGGUACCACCUGCAAGUGGAAAUUGAAUCUCUGCAUGCUGUGGAGAGGGGCCUUGAAAACUCCCUGCACGCCAGUGAGCAGCAUUACCAGAUGCAGCUGCAAGACCUGGAGGCUGUGAUAGAGGGCCUGGAGCACGAGCUGCAGGAAGUGAGGCGUGGCAUCGAAAGGCAACUCCAAGAGCACGAGAUGCUUCUCAACACCAAAAUGAGGCUGGAGCAAGAAAUCGCCACUUACCGCCGCCUCCUAGAAAAAGAAGAAAUCAGAUAUUAUGGUUGUAUCCAAGGUGGGAAAAAAGACCAAAAACCUACCACAAGUAGAGUUGGUUUUGUUUUGCCAUCAGCCAUUAUAAAUGAAAUAUCUUUUUCAACGAAAGUCCCACAAAAUUAUGAGAAUGAAAAAGUGGAAACAAUGACUAAGCAGGCAAUAUUAAAUGGAAAUAUUGUGAAGGAGAGCACUGAAGCCCAUGGCACUAUUCAGACAGAGAAAGUGGAUGAAGUUAUUAAAGAAUGGGAAGGUUCCUUCUUUAAAGAUAAUCCUCGAUUAAGGAAAAAAUCUGUUUCUCUGCGAUUUGACCUUCAUUUAGCAGCCACAGAUGAAGGGUGUUUACAGACUAAGCAAGAUAAUCUACCAGAUAUAGAAGUUAGGCUUAUCAUGAGAAGAUCAUGCAGUAUCCCCUCUAUCAAACCUCCAUCAGCAGCUAAUUAAUCCAAAGAUAGUACUUGACUUGAUCUGAAAAUAACAUUCGGAUGGACCAAGGUGGGCCGUGCUGACCCCCUCUGUCCCAAAAUGUAAGUUAUUAAGUAUGUAUGGAAAAAUGUUAUGAUAAAUGUGUGGUUCUCUUCAGGAAAAAACAGUAAGGGACAAAGUUUUUCUUAAUCCAAUUAUGGACAUAUAUUUUUUGAAGGGGGAGUUUAAAAAUAAAAUCAGAAAUUCAAUAUUUCUGUUUUAUUUAUUCUCCAAACAGUCUUCUUUUUCCCUUGAAAUUUUAUCAGAGACAGUAAGCACUAAGAUGGUUUACUUAAGUCUUUGUAAUUUCACUCAAUGGCUGAAUACUCUAAGGAAAAAAGAAUAGUUUGUGAAUAAGAUUGUAUUAUAUUAAGAGUCACAUUGUGCUAUUUGCGACUAUUCCAUGAUUGGUUAAACCUAAAAUGUUUGUUAUACUUUAAAAAGACAGCAAUUAUAAACAAGUUUUCAAAGGGGGAUUCACUAUUCACAUAACCAGGGUUUUUGCUUUUGAGACAAUUAUUUAUAGACUAAGAAAAAUAUGAAAAGUUCUUUUCCAUGAGAAAUUCUAAGCAAACUAUAGAACACACCCCCAAGGCUAAUUUGAUGAUUAAAGUUGAUCUACAUAUAUCUGAAUUUUUUAAUCGGUAUCUGAUUUCCAAAGAGUUACUUUACUCAAAAAUCUUAAAGGUUGUUUUCCCCA